AUGAUGUUUGAUUCCGCUGAGUUAGUCGAUGAGCACGGUAAGAGGGUCUCCAAGAAUUCUACUGGGAAAAGGAAGUUUCACAAUAAAUCGAAGAACGGUUGCGACAAUUGUAAAAGACGGCGGGUGAAAUGUGACGAGGGUAAACCGUUCUGUCAGAAAUGUGCUAACAUGAGGCUGGAGUGCGUGUUUACACCGCCGCAACCAAGGAGGAAAAAAUCCAAAGUGUCCAAUACAUUGAAAAGAGAUUGUGAACCAUCAGUCGCUGCUACUACUGCUACUACCACCAUUAAAGUCCACGAUUCAGAAAGUCUUGAAAAUGAACCUCCAGAAAUGGCUGCGCAGACACCUAAACCUGAUAUUGCAGCUGCAGAAAACAAAAUAGCGGAUAACUUAAGAAGGUUACAGCAGUACCAACAACUUCAACAGCUGCAACAGCAACACGCACAAUUGUUCUCACAGAUCAACUCCUCUUUGGGCAACAACCCUGCUACGACGGCAGGCAUCUCUCAACAUUUUUUCAGUUUACUCGGGAACCCUCAGAGUUCGACCCUGAAUUCGACACCUGCUUCAGGGACGGUAAACAGCACGGAGAACUUUUUGCUACCGCCUUCGUUCACAAACACGCCGUCUGGUUUCACAAGCAUGGGAUCGACGGAUUCAGCUAACACAGCCCCACUGCCAACGAGCAACAGCAAUUUGCAAACCUUAGGGAUGAACACAUCAAAUGGCAUGAGCAAUAUGGCUUCUCCCACGAAACUACCAAGCUUUAACGCUUCAAAUAACACCGCAUUCAAUUCGAACAAAUUCAAUCUUAAAUCUUUGAACUUGAUACCGAACUUGCUUAGCUCCAAUAUGAGUUCGCUAGCCGCUGGCCUGAAUAUGCCUCUAGAUUUACAGGAUAUCUUGGGCGGGAUGAGGGGCAUGGUACCGAAUGGCGCUUCACUCCCCAAUGGGAAGAGCAGCAGAUCAGCGAAGGCAAACAGCGCAGAGGAGGCUCUUGCAAAUAUGCAACAACAGCAAGAGGAAAGGGUGAAGAAUAGCGAGAAAAAUGCUCUAGCUCACGAUUCGGACAAGUUUAUGAUCCCAAUGAUGAAAAGUGAACUCGAUGCUGCUGCUGACGACACGAGUUCACAACAGACGCCGACGCAUAAUGCUUCCGGUGUCAACAGCUCGAUAUCAGAAAGUCCACUUGGAUCUGCAUCCACAACCAGCACUACAAACGAAACUAUCCCGAGACUGGUGGAACUGUCCAGCCAAGCUAAGAUAAACUUGAUAGAUCUAAAGCUGUUCCAUCAUUACUGCUCAGUCGUAUGGCCGACUAUCAUAGAGGCAGGUAUCUCAGGGCCAGACGUCUGGAAAACAUACAUUCCAGAAUUGGCAUUUGAUUACCCAUUUUUAAUGCACACAAUACUAGCAUUUGCGGCCACGCACUUGUCGAGGACUGAGCCGGGACUAGAGAGCUACGUGUCCUCCCAUCGUCUUGAGGCCUUGAAACUCCUUAGGGAGGCGGUUCUGGAAAUAUCUGACGAAAACACAGACGCAUUGGUUGCUUCUUCGUUGAUCCUGAUCAUGGAUUCUUUGGCGAAUGCCUCUAACACUGGACCAGAUUCGGCGACGACGAGUCCCGGAGACGUCAACGCUUCUGCUUGGAUAUUUCACGUCAAAGGUGCUGUUACGAUUCUAACCGCGGUAUGGCCACUACCAGAAACAUCCAGAUUUUCCAAUCUGAUAUCCCUUGAUUUGAGUGAUCUUAGCAAUGUGUUGAGCCAGGAAAACCGCACAGUCUCUGAAUUAGUAUGCUUCGAUGAAAGCAUAUCAGAUUUAUACCCUGUUGAAAUUGACUCACCUUACCUGAUUACAUUGGCAUACUUGGAUCAAUUGCACCGCGAGAAGAAUCAGCUCGAUUUCUUACUAAGAAUAUUUGCGUUCCCUGCCUUAUUGGACCGAACCUUCUUGGCCUUGCUCAUGACCGGCGACUUGGGAGCAAUGAGGAUCAUGAGAUCGUACUAUAAGAUGCUAAUGGGAUUCACUACAGAGGUCAAGGAUAAAGUAUGGUUUUUAGAGGGCGUAUCGCAAGUGUUGCCUCAAGACGUAGAUGAAUACAGCGGCGGCGGCGGCAUGCAUAUGAUGCUAGAUUUCCUCGGCGGCGGAUUACCUUCAAUGACAACAACUAAUCUCUCCGAGUUCAUGUAA